AUGUCUACUCCUCAAAACCAAGCCGCGUGGUUGAACAAGGCCGACUCUCCCUUGGAAGUCCGAGACGCUCCUCUACCUACAGCCGGACCCGGAGAGAUCGUUGUAAUGAAUGCUGCCAUUGCGAUCAAUCCCGUUGACUGGCACAUGCAAGACCAUGGCAUCUUUGUCCAACAAUGGCCCACUAUCCUCGGCUGUGAUGUUGCUGGAGAAGUUUUUGAAGUCGGGUCUGGCGUCGACCGCUUCCAGAAGGGAGACCGUGUCAUUGGGCACAGUACUCCAUUCCCCAACGGAAGACCCUCAGAUGGUGCUUUUGCUUUGUACACCAUCGUCUCGGCCGACAAGGCGUCCAUCCUCCCGAACCAUAUCUCCUUCACCGAUGCAGUUGUUGUGCCUUUCGCCGUGGAGUCGGCUGUUUGCGCUUUGUCUGUCAAGGAGCCUGGUCCAUGCAUGCCUGGUGUAUUCACUCCAGCUCUCGGCCUUCCUCUUCCAAGUCUGGAAGGCCAUAUAUCCUCCAUCAAGAAGACUCUGGUUGUCUACGGUGCUUCUGCUUCCACUGGCGCUAUGGUAACCCAGCUGGCCACAGCAGCUGGCAUCACGGUCAUCGCCAUCUCAGGUAGCCACAACUUCGAUCUGGCCAAACAAUGCGGUGCAGCUCAAGUCUUCGAUCACAAGGACGCCUCGCUGGUCGAGAAAAUCGUAGCCGCUGUCAAGAACCUUAAUGCAGACUUCGUGGGCAUUUUCGACGCCAUCUCAAUCCCAGAGACCUUCGAACGCGAUCUCGAAAUUCUCAAAGCUCUCGGUGGUGGCCAUCUCGCAGGCACUCACCCUCCACCCACAGAAAACCUGCCUUCAAACAUCCAUGUCGGCAUGAUUUUUGCCUAUAGCGACAUCACAGCCCCCGUUUACAGAGAUUUCGUGACUGGUGCUCUGCAGAGUGGAAAGCUCAAGUGUCUGCCUCCUCCUACAAUGGUUGGAAAGGGGCUUGAGUAUAUCGACGAGGCUUUGAAGAUGUGCAAGGCUGGUGUCAGUGCAACGAAGCUGGUUGUUGAGUUGUGA